AUGGAGCCCAGCCUCCCCACAAGGGCAGAGGAUAAAGGGCACGGGAAGGAUGGAAAGGUUGAGAGGAAUGGCAACCAAGCAGGCUGCCUGAACGGAAGCCAGGUGACUGGAGUGCAGAAGCGCAUGUCUGCCUGGCCCUCGAUCAACAGCUGCAGAUCGGGCAAAGUCAAGGCUGUCCACGAUGAGAAUCGCCGUGAUGGGUCAGUGGUCAACUCUAUGAACAAGGGCUCACAGCUGGGGACAGAGUGGAAGGUGCCCAAAGGUAGCCCUCCUGGGUCUCAGAAAGCGAGGGAGCUGUUGAAGGCGUCGGUCAGGAGGCGACAUGUGGCAAAGGAGCCAACACGUGCACCACAAGCAUUGCCCAAUGCCCAGUUACAAACAGCCAUCCACAGCUUGGUGCACCAGAGACCUGGCCCAGGUACGGACGUGCCACAAGGGCAGAGUGCUGAAGGGAUUGAGGCCGUGAGGGACUGCACAGAGGCAGGCUGUGCUCACAGGCAACUGCAGGAGACCAGGAGAUUUGCAGACAGCGACGGGAGACCCGAGGAGGAAGAUACACACAGGGAGCCACAGGAGGGCAGGAAGCUAGGUGAUGCUCACAAGGUGCCAGGAAACUCACAAGGACGCGUAGGAGAAGAAAGACGGCCUCCACAGAGUGGUUUAGGUGCACCUGAUCGCAAUGGGGACAAAUGCAGUGGGUGUGAGAUGCGAAGAUCUACAGACACUGUUGGUGAUCCCAAAGACAAGAGUUGCCCUGGGUGCAGUGUUUGUCCACAAGAGGGAGAAGCACAAACGGGGAUUGCAUCCCUUGGCAAGCGGAAAUGGGCUGCCAUGCUGGCUGUGAAGAAGAGCCUGGCAGUCAAGCAGUGGCCCUUGCAAGAGGUAACCCUGACUGCCUACCAGCCUCCAAAACAGCCUUGCAGUGUCGAUGCCUCAAAAUCUUUGGAUUCUGUGGAGGAAGAUCGGAAGAGGAAACUUGGCCACCUGAAGGCCCUCCUUAGGGGCAAGACGAAACUGCAGGCCAGUGUCCAAGUGGGUGGCGUCCAGCUACCAGACUCGGGAGCGCGACUUGCAGCACACAUCGACGAGCUACGAGAGGGUAUCAAGGAACUGGGGGGUGACCCUGACGACAUUUUUGACGAUGCUGUGACAAAAAAGGGCUUUGCUCCUGCCCAACGGAACUCCAACACACAUGCCAUCACCCCUCUUGUGGUGUCCAGCCUGCCAGAGCCAUCGCCAAGAAACUUCGACAGCAGGCAUGCGGAUGGCCAAGAGCCACACAGCAAGCCUGGGGAUACCGAUGGGAAAGAGGCCAAAGCUGGGGCAUGGGGAGGGAAGGGGUGGACAUUCGAGGAUGAAGAGGGCAGGGUGCAGGGUCCCUUCACAGCCGACCAGCUGAAGAUGCUGAAAGACCAUGACUUGGUGACAGAUUCAACAGUCUGUUCCCAUCCUCUCAUGGGAGCCCUUGCCCUGCUGAAGGUAUUGGGUGGCUCCCUCAAUGAUGGCAAUUCCUGCACGCCUGACUGCGAUCAAUGCAGUGUCGCCCCUGCAGUAUCGAGUGCAGGCAGCUUGUCCAAGGAUGGGCCCUUGGACCCCAAACUGAGCCAUGAGGGUGCAGGAGAGGGGUUUGAGGGUGAAUCCAGCUCGGGCAGUAUCUUGAACCAUCGUGACGGCCAAGGGGCUUGCCCAGACAGUGCGCCUGAGGGCCUGAUAUUCUAUCCUUGCAGCCAGGUCCAGGAAAUUGACCCUGAGGGCAACGUUGACGUUGUCACUGGCAAUGCUGGCACGCCAGCUCCUGGGGAGUGUGUCGGACAAUCACACUGUGGAGGUGUGGGUCAGCUUGAUCGUCCUGAUGUGGACAGUCAGGCAGAGAUGUUGCCAGCUCCUCCUGACCACCCCACAGGUUUUUUUCCAAUUGCGGCAGGUACCCAGCAGGAUUUGCAGACCUGUGGGAAUGUGGGGAUGCCAGUUUGCUGGGAUGGACAAUUGGUUAGUUCCAAGCAGGCAAGUGCCCAACAGCCUUUUGAUACCAGUCUCACGUGCCAACGAAGCUUGCAUCGUGCAGAAGUUCAGGAAGCUUUGGACUGUACAGCAGCACAGGUGGAUCUCGGUGGAGAUGAGUUAGUGCAGGAUGAUAGGUGCCGUGGUGUGACAUCCAUCACAGGUAUGUCACACCAGUCUUGUGCGGUGGGCAGUGCACAUUACGCAAGUCAAAUUGGACAGGCUGCCAGCCCCGCAUUCAGCCUCCAGAGCGCUGCAGGUGCUGCACCUGGCAGGGUCGGCCUUUUGCGCGACUCUGAGCUCAACGGAUCGUUUGCAAAUCAGGGCGCCACCUUGCACCUUGCAGCAUCGAUGAACAGCCCAUUGUCCAACGGCUUGGUCAGUGGUUCGUUCACCGGCCAGGGCGCUGCCCUGCUCGCAUGCAACCAGCCGAUCCGCAUGGAAUCAGGUUCAUCGAUGAACGAACUUGAGGAUGCAGAGAUCUGGCAGUUUGUGAACCACCUGGGUGCGACAGAGGGCCCAGUUUCAUUGCGCCGUCUUCGCUGCAAGUUCCAGUCUGGCUUGGUGUCUGUGAAUACUAUCUGCCAUGAUGAGGACGAGGGCACCUCAGUGACACUUGGUCGCCUGAUGGCUGGGCUGCCAGACUUCGUGGUUCAGGCCAGACUCCGGAAAUUGAGGCACAGUUCACAGGGAAUGGCUGCCAACGCGCUGCCCUUGGCCCAGCCUGUGGGCUGCAUGCGUCACAGCCCUUUGUCCCAUCCUGUGCCCAGAACGUUUGAAGACUCAGGAGCGUCAUCUAAGACGCUUGCAGUGGAUUCACGUCUACCUAUGGGCCUGAUUUACCCCGAGGCCCCCAGCAGUGCACUGCAGACUGGGUGCUACCAGCUGCAAACAGCGCCUCAGGCAGCCCAGGCCAGCCGACUGUUCAUGCAACAGCAGCCGAUGGCGGCACCUGUCAAUGGCGCGGGAUGCACCGCAGGGUCCAAGUGGCCCACUGGUGCCUUUGCGGCUGGUGGCGUUGCGAUACAGGGUCAUGCCAACCCAGCGUUUAUCCCCUCUCCCAUCGCACAAGCAGUGGAAGGCGGCAUUCUUCAGAUGCGUCCCAACGUCCCGCCCCCGGUCGGCCUGCAGUUUGCAUACCAGAUUCCGCCGAGCGGUACGUACUUUACCCGUCGCUGA